UGCGGCUGCGCGGCGGGCCCGGGAGGGGGCGCGGCGGGCGGCUGGGAGCGGGGCCGCGAGCGGCAUGUCUCGCUACACCAGGCCCCCCAACACCUCCCUGUUCGUCAGGAACGUCGCCGACGCCACUAGGCCCGAGGACCUACGCCGAGAGUUUGGUCGGUACGGACCCAUAGUGGACGUUUACAUCCCGCUUGACUUCUACACUCGCCGCCCCCGCGGGUUCGCCUACGUUCAGUUUGAAGAUGUUCGAGAUGCUGAAGACGCACUCUAUAACCUCAAUAGGAAGUGGGUCUGUGGCCGGCAAAUCGAGAUACAGUUUGCCCAAGGUGAUCGCAAAACACCCGGGCAAAUGAAGUCGAAGGAACGCCACCUGUGCUCGCCGAGUGACCACAGGAGAUCCAGAAGCCCCAGCCAGAGGAGGUCUCGAAGUCGAAGUUCAUCAUGGGGCAGAGACCGGAGGCGCUCAGACAGCCUGAAAGAGUCUCGACACAGGCGGUCUUCCUACAGUCAGUCUAAAUCCCGCUCCAAAUCACUACCAAGGCAGUCUACCUCAGCAAGGCAGUCGAGAACACCGAGAAGGAAUUCUGGAUCUAGAGGCCGGUCAAGAUCCAAGUCCUUACCGAAAAGGUCCAAGUCAAUAGAAAAAUCAGAGUCACGCUCACCCCCAAAGCAGACUGGCUCAGGAGCAAAAUCUAGACCACAUGGACGGCACUGUGAUUCCAUCGCAAGAUCCCCAUGCAAGUCUCCCAGAGGGUACACCAGCUCCGGAACCAAGACACAGACAGCAAAGCAUUCUCACUUUCCGUCGCACUCCAGAUCGCGGGGUUACCACCAUAAAAACAGUUGGUGAACAGCUGCUUCCGGAAGAGCCACCGCGCUCUGCUAUGAAUUAUUAGACCUCGUUGUGGUUAAAAUUCCUCAAGGCUUAUAGAAGUGGGAACUGGUGUUAGUUACCUUGGCCAUGUGGAAGAAAUACAAUCGCCCUAGCUUUGACUAAUAAGUAUUUGAUCUCAAUUUAAGGGCUCACCCACAAGUCACCAUGGUCAGCACUGCAUAGGCUGUACUUGGUUUACGUUGUAGCAAGGGGGUACUUCCCAAAGGAAAGAGGCAAGAUCCAGUAUAAAAAUUCUACUUAGAUAUGAAAUACUAUCAAUAAUAUUCUUUACAAAAGUAUUUUUUACUCUAAAACACUUUUCACAUAAAAAGUAAUUGUGAUUAUAUGUAAUUGCAUAGGCCAGACUUAAACUGUUUGACACCUGUGUCUUUCUUGUGACUUCUGUUUAAGCUUGGGCCAAUUCUUGGUAGGCAUUAGUUCAAGUUACAGCAUUCUGAAAUCUCAAAAAAAAAAAAAAUCUAUAUAGAUUCUGCAGCGGUUCAAAAGAUAGUUAAAAGAUGUUUAAAAGAUAAAGAAGCUUUCAUUGUUUUUGAAUACAGCAGCAUAGACCAGUUGGCAUGAAAUGAUAUACAUGUUUGCUGAAAAUACGAAAACAAAGCUGGGUAGGGUAGCACAUGCCUGCAAUCCCAGCGCUUGGGAGAUGAGGUCGGAGGGUCAACCCACCAUGGACUGGGCUACACGAGACCCUGUCUAGAAAUAAAUAAACAGAUGCUUUUUAAAAAGGCGAAACCAUUUUAGAACUACUAGAUUUUGAAUGGUUUGCGACUACUCUAAAAACUAUGGUGUGGAACACUCAGAAUCCACAAAUACUCAUAUUAAGCCUUACAUAGUUGAAGUACAGUACAUUUUGUAUAAAUUCACAUUUAUACCAUUAUUUCUAUAUAGCUAUUUUCAUCUGCAUUUUUCUUUUUAGAGCUCUAGUUCAAUAUCCUAAUUAUAUACAAAGUCUUUUUAAAGAAAAGAAUUAAACACAUAGUACAUUAUAUUAAGAAAUGCUAGCCAAUGAGAUGGCUCGGUGAGUAAAUCCACUCACUAUCCACACCUGGCCACCUGAGUGCUAGCUGGGCAACUUGAGUUCAGUUCCUGAACCCACUCAGAAGUGGAAGAGAACUGGCUCCUGCAAAGUAUCUCUGACUUCCACACUGUGCAAUGGCCUGUGUGUGCACGCACACACACACACAUAAAUGUAUGCAAAAACUUUAAGUUCAAAACUAUACCUUCAAACCAGACAUGUAGUACACGUACAUGCCUGCCAUCCUAGGACUCGGGAAGCCGAGGCAGGGCCGAGGCAGGAACUUGAGACCAGCCUGGGAAACACUGAGAUCCAUCACACACACACACACACACACACACACAAAGAAAAAGGUCUUCAUAAAAACAGCUUCUAGGUGAGGCAUUUGACUUUUACAUUAUGCUAUGCUACAUCUUAAAAACCAAAUAACUUCGUUGACAGUUACUGCUUUUGUAGUUGUUGUUACUUAGAAUUUCUUUUACCAUGUCAUUGAGGUUUACAUUUCAGAGGGUUUUGCAGAUUUGUGAUAGAAUGGUUUGCAUCUGAUUGUCAUAGGAGAUAUGUUUACAGAUUAGCUUUGUUGAAUCACAUUGCUGAAACACACUGUCAGCCCUUACAGCUAAUAUGUAUGCCUGGAAAUACCUAAGAAACCUGUCUUACAUUUUCAGUAUUUGGAGCUAUGUGGCUUCUAUUAAUUUCCAAUAUAGAGUUCCAUAGUCUUUGCAUUUUAAAUCCUUUAUGUGAGAAAAACUUCACAAAAUAAUUUGUACAUUGGUGAUACUUGGAGAAGUAACGCAAAUUAAUGUAUAUUAUACUCUCUGGAUAUAUUUUGUCUAUUUAACCAUAGCAACAUUUAUUUAUUUCCAAACUUCACUCUGAUGUUCCUCUGUAAUAAAGCGAUUAUAAAAGCCUGAGAGACUGUUGGAAGCUUGAGGAGUUUAAAGUUAUCUUGGCCCGUGCGUAUGUAUACGCUGUCCUCUUCAAUAGUGGCACAUGUAAAGCCUUGGCGUCCUCAAUCCCAGCACCGCAGGGGUGGGAGCAGGGAACAGAGGAACUCACUGUACUUCUACGUUGUCUUUACCCUCACAGAUCCUUUUAUCAAGGGACCAUUACCUCAAGGGUGCAUGACUUUUCUUGGGGAAACUUGAGCAAACUUGUAGUCACCCCAGAAAGGUUACUAAUAACAGUCCAUCCCAGUCUAGGUUGGCGAGCUGAUGAGGAGAAGUAGGCUUACAGAAGCAGCUUACAGGCUGUGGAAGAAAAGCCUCCCCUAGCAACUGUUUCUGUGUCCUAUAGGCUGUCUCAUGAGCUUCCUCCCCUUUCUCCAGGGAGUGUUAGUGAGCCCAGUCUUAUGAGGGUCCUCUGAAGUUACCAUGCCUGCUCUGAUUUCCAUCUGGCAAUGGCCAUGUCAUGCCCAGAAAACAGCAUUCUGUAACACUUAGGAAAAAGUUAAUACAAUCCUGAACGUGCUUAAAUUUUCCACUUAUGUUUGACUUGGUUUUUCAGUAAAAUACUGUUAAUCCCAAAGAUCCAAGGAGAAAGGUCAUUAAUCCGAAUCAUCAUGGCCAAAUUAAUUAAAGCAAGCUUUUUUUAUUCAUGUACACAGGCUGUCUCCCGCCAAAGUCGAGGUUCAAAAGAUGAGCAUUGGAUAUGAAGCAGAGAAGGAUUUUAUAGCUCGGAGGUAGGGGCUUCCAAAUGGGUGAUUUGACAGGUAAUAGGUGGGGUUAGAGACGCAGAACAUAACCAAAACGAGUUAGUCAUAAUGACCUCCUGAAAAAAAUACAUGGUUGCAAGGUGGUCGUAACAAGGGUGUCAUACCACAGGUUUGUCAUAGGUGGUCAUAUAACCUCUCGAAACAAAAGCAUGCUUGUCAUUUCCUGCAACAGGCAUUACAGAACCAUUUGUAGCUAAGGUUACAGGAGGGGCAGAAUCCAAUCCUUGAGAAACAGAGGUUUAAUCAUAAACAGGAAUAAACUUAGUUUGUCUUUACUAUAAAAUGGCUUUUAAGCCCAAGAUGGAGACAGGCUGGUUCAUCAGUCCCUAAUGCUGAUGAGGACAGUGUUCAGUUUGAAUGAAAUGUGGCUUAAAUUUUUUUUAUUUAAAAUUUUUAUUAUAUGUAUGGGUGCUUUGCCUGCAUGUAUGUCUGUGCAUUGCAUGUGUGCCAGGUGCCCCAGGGAGGCCAGAAUAGGGCAUCAAAUCCCUGGAACUGGAGUUAUAUAUGGUUGUGGGUCACCAUGUGGGUGCUGGGAAUUGAACCUAAGCUCCCAAGAAGCGCAUUUCAGUGCUGAUAACCAUCUCUCUAGCCUCUUAAAUUAAAUUUUUUUUUAAGAUCUAGGAUUUCUUUUGGCUCACAGUUCAAGACACAAUCCAUGAUGGUGGGAAAAUCGUAUCGGCAGAUGCAGAAAGCAACGGAUAAAUGCGUGUGCUCAGUUUCUCCUUUUUAUUAGACUCUGAAACCCAAGCCCAGGGGAUGGCCCCACCCACCCUUCCUGUUGGUCUUGGUCUUAGUUAGGGCUACUACUGCUGUGAUGAAACACCAUGACCAAGGCAGCUUUUUAUUUCUGGCACGGGGGGCAGGGGUGGUUUUAUGAAAAAGGGCUACUUUCUGUAACCCUGGCUGUCCUGGGACUCAUUCUGUAGACCAGGCUGGCCUU